GACCCGCGUCAAUCUUUCCAAAUUCCAAUCUUACCCUACCUUUCAUUUUAUAUAAAUAUUUUUAAUUAUAUUAAAUAUUUGAAAGAAUAAAUAUUCGAAAAAAAGAAUUUUGCUGACUCGCAUAUUUUAUUUCUUAAUAUCAGUGAGAAAGUGAGGAGUGAGGGUAAAAGAAGAAAAGAAGAAAAAAAAUCUUGUCUCUCUUAUCUAUCUAUCGAGGUAGUGCUGGGUGUAGAGAGUGAAGGAAGUGGGUGAGGGUGAAGUGCAAUUUGUGUUGAUGCGUUGUUCCACGUUUUGCUCUCACCACUUGAACCUUUCAGCCAUGAUUAUGAAGCGUUUCUCUGCUCCCAUUUCAUCCCACGUUUCGCCUCGAGCUCAGGCUAUAACUGAGCCACCUGCCCGCGUUGGCUUUUUGGGCAUCGGAAUCAUGGGCUCCCCAAUGGCCCAUAAUCUCCUCAAAGCUGGAGUUGAUCUCACUGUUUGGAAUAGGACCAAGACCAAGUGUGAUCCUCUAAUAAGCCUGGGAGCAAAAUAUAAACCAUCUCCCGAGGAAGUAGCAGCAUCUUGCGAUGUCACCUUUGCCAUGCUUGCUGAUCCUCAAAGUGCAGUGGAUGUUGCUUGUGGGAAACAUGGGGCUGCAAAUGGAAUAGGUCCAGGGAAAGGCUAUGUGGAUGUUUCAACUGUUGAUGGGGACACUUCUAAAUUGAUUAGUGCGCAAAUAAACUCCACUGGAGCAUUAUUUCUGGAGGCUCCAGUUUCAGGUUCCAAAAAGCCAGCAGAAGAUGGGCAGUUGAUAUUUCUUACAGCAGGGGACAAAGCUCUUUACGAAACAGUUGGUUCUCUCUUGGACAUCAUGGGGAAAUCUAAAUUUUAUCUUGGCGAUGUUGGAAAUGGAGCAGCAAUGAAACUUGUUGUCAAUAUGAUCAUGGGCAGUAUGAUGGCAUCCUUUUCUGAAGGCUUACUUCUCUGUGAAAAAGUUGGGCUUGAUCCAGAUGUACUAGUGAAGGUAGUUUCACAGGGUGCCAUUAAUGCUCCAAUGUACUCAACCAAAGGUCCAUCCAUGAUACAGUCUCUUUAUCCAACUGCAUUCCCCCUGAAGCAUCAGCAGAAGGAUCUAAGACUAGCCCUGGGGUUAGCAGAGUCUGUUUCCCAAUCCACUCCUAUUGCAGCAGCUGCAAAUGAGUUAUAUAAAGUUGCAAAAUCCCAUGGCCUGAGUGAUCAGGACUUUUCAGCUGUCAUUGAAGCAUUAAAAUCCAAAAUUCAGCACUCGGAAAACCAGUGACAUUCUUAUGAGACAAAGUUGAAGUUGAAAACCGUAGUAAGCUAGGCGACUUGAAAACCAGUGACAUUGUGAGGCUUGCCUAUUUCAAUUCAUUCCCUGAAAUGUAGGAUAUAUAUUUCCAAGGGCGUAAAUUUUUUGGGUGGAAUAUUGUUUUCAAUGUACUUCUAUAUAUGUUAUCCUCUUAACCAUUUUUUUAA